UCGGUGACGACGCACGCACUGCGCGUACUAAUAUCAUAUUUCGAACGCCGUGUACAAACUCGGAAGUUAUUAUAAUAAAAACUCAUUUUGUGAAAUUUAAAAAAUUUAAACCGAAUUUAUUAAUAUAAAAAAGAAUAAUAAAUCUUUUUUUGAAUUUGUGUUCCUUAAAAAAUUGUGUUACGUUCAAUUUAAAGUUACUUAACUGAAGUGAAGUGCGUGUAAUACUUUUAUCUUCAAAAGUGUUAUUUUUUUAUUUACUUACUGCAAAGUUACCAGUUAUUUAUUUUAAGUAGAAAGGAGAAUAUUCCAGACACUUCUACUUACCAGUGCGGUUUUGCAGUGCGCCUAACAGGACUCAAAUAUUUCACGACCAUUAAUAUUAUGUGACAACAAUUUUACUGGAAUUCGUCAGUAAUUCUGCGGCUACACGAGACACCACAACAGGGAGUUAUCAAACAAUGCUUCACUAGCAGCCUAGUACCGACAUAGACCGGAAGUUACAAGCCAUGCUCGCCCUACUUCCGGGAUGGUUCGUGCGAAUCAAAGAUGGCGCCCUUGUCAACCAAUUCCUCAUGGCCAUUAUGGUCACAAUACCAGUAUUAAACUUCGGCAUGCUGAUGGGCUGGCAGUCGCCGAUGACUCCGUUACUCCAGUCCAAGGACGGUCCGGCGCCGGAGCCCAUCAGCGAUGAGACCAUAUCCUGGAUGGCGUCUCUCACCUUCCUGCCGCCUGUGUUCUGCGGGUUCUUAGUGGGGGACCUCGCCGACAGGUGGGGCCGGAAGAUCACCACUAUGAUCACCAGUCUUAUGCUUGUGACGAGCUGGUCUAUCACGCUGUUCUCGUUGCGGCCGUGGGCGCUGAUCACCUCGCGCAUUAUCUCCGGGCUCGCCUGCGCAGGGUGCUACGUUGUCACACCGCUCUAUCUUAAAGAGAUAGCGUCGGACAACAUCAGAGGAGCCCUAGGUUCCCUCUUCAUCCUGUCUCAGAACCUGGGUUACCUGGUGGUCUACAUCGCGGGAGAUAUGCUGUCCUUCGCGGCUGUCAUGUGGCUAUGCACGGCCAUACCAGUCAUACACCUGCUAGCGUUUCUGCCCAUGCCUGAGACGCCUGUAUUUCUAGUCAAGCAGGGGAAAUUGAAGGAGGCUCGAGCAACACUGGCAUGGCUCCGCAACACUUCAGUGGACGACAAGAACCUGGAGGAGGCGGUGCAGCAGCUCGAGCGGGAGGAGGAGUUCUCCAAGUCCAUGCAGAAGGCCACAUGGAAGAGCAUCGUGCAAGACAAGACGACCUUCAAAGCGUUCAGGAUAGCAGUCAACGUAAUGUUGUCACAGGAGACGUGCGGGUACCUGGUGGUGCUGAUGUAUGCUGGUUCCAUCUUCGACGAGGCGGGCAGGUCUAUAGGCUUGAAGCUCAGCCCGAACAAACAGACCAUUAUAGUUGGAGCUAUACAACUGCUCGGUUCUAUUGUUGCUAGUUGCAUCGUGGAGCAGACUGGACGCAAGUGGCUCCUGGCGGGAACAUCUCUGGCGACAGGUCUCUCCAUGCUGGCCCUGGGCGGCUGGUUCUACAUUACGUCGUACGACAUCUGGCUGCCGGGCUGGGUGCCGGUGUUCGCGAUGUGUCUGUGCAUCUUCGCCGACGCUGCCGGGUACCAGCCCGUGCCUUACGUCAUCGUUUCCGAGCUGUUCUCAUUCCAGCACCGUGGCAUGGUGACAUCAUUCGUCAGCUCGAUCGACGGGCUCAGCGAUUUCCUCCAAACGAAAGCUUACAACCCACUGCUCAACCUUCUUGGGAUCCACUGGGUUUUCAUCAUGUUCUCCAUCGUAUGCUUCCUCGGCACCUUCUACACAGUCAUGUGGGUGCCAGAGACGAAAGACAGGACAGUAGAAGAGAUCUACGCUCUUCUAGAAGACGGCAGGACGAAGGAGAAGAGGAAAGAUGUCGAGAACGGUAAAGAAGUAAGCAGAUUAUGAUGGUGCUAAUGUAACACUAAUGACGUACAACGCUAAGUGAUGUUUCUAAUGGAUACUGUGUAAAAUGGAGAUUUGUGGAAGAGUGUAAAAUUGUUUUGACAUUUAUUUUACAGUAGCAACUAAAUUUGACACCGGAACGGAAAUAGUUUCUUCUUCUAUCGUGUGGGUUGUGAGAUGGAUUACCAACCUCAGUAAACCUGGUGUCUCCGUGUCCCGGGUUCGAUUCCCGGUGGGGACAUAUCACAAAAAUCACUUUCCUGAUCACUAGUUUGGUUAGGAUAUUACAGGCUGUUCACCUGAUUGUCCGAAAGUAAGACGAUCUGUGCUUCGGAAGGCACGUCAAGCCGUUUGUCCCGGUUACUUACUACUUACUGAUGUAAGUACGUAGUCGUUACAUGAGUCACGUCAGGGGCCUUUGGCGGCUCAAAUUGACAAAUUGAUUAAUUUUGUUUAAUGUCGCCGCCGCGCCUGUCGCUUUUAAAUGUUAUUUCAUUGCUAAAAUACGUUAGAAGCAAUUCUCUAGUGACAGGCACUAGGCGACACUAAUUGGGCAGCAAUUAUUGAGCACCAUUUCAACUUAAAAUACGCCGACAAAAUACCGAUGAUUCUGACGGACACGACAUAGCUCAUAUAACGACUACGAACUUAUUGACGCUUACAUUAAUUAGUAAGUACGUUAUAUAUUAUAUCUGUAAGGCCCAUAACUCGCCGAGACGCCAAAGCUACGUAACCGCUGACGUCACAAAACAAUAUGAUGUAUUAAAAUGCGACGUUGCCAGUGCGUCGCCUAAUAAAUUAACUGGCGAUGUGAAUGAAGGACUUUCCAGGCUAAAUUCCUCAAAAACAAUACAGAUAGCGCUGUAAAGAUUUUCCUUCGUUUAAGCUUCUAAUUCAAAUUCAAAUUCAAAAAUAUCUUUAUUCAGUAGGUAACAUAGUUACACUUUGAAUCGUCAAUUUUUACAUAACGAACGUCUCAUCCGCCUAAAACUACUGCAGCUUCUCACAACUCACAACAAUUUCAUGGAUAACAGACAUAUGCAUCUUUUAUCUUUGUUUUUGGGUACAAAUGAUGACCCUUUUUAUUACACCAAGGUACAAUAAGUUUAUUUGGAGGGUAUUUGGCUAAAAUUAAAUAAAACAGAAUAAAUACAACGACCUACCGGUCCCAGAAAUAUUGCAAUAAUAAUUUGAUAUCAUUGUUUAAUAAUAACAAAGAAAUAACUGAUCUAAUAAUAAUAAUACCAGCUUAUUAUAAAUAGAAUCUCUCCUCCAGCCUCCAGCGCGCCACACUGAGGCAGACCGCCCAAAACAACAACACAACAACACCCAACUACAUACACCCUCCACCCAUACAACAACAAACACAACAACAACAACCACCCAUUAUUAUUCUGAUCAAAAUAAAAAAAAGCAAUAUAGGUAGCAACAUAAUUCUAUACAUAAUGUGGUCCAAAUAUCAAGCAACAAUUAUUUUUAUAUGCUUCUGCCAUUACAUUACAUUUUUUAAUAAUUAUGUACCCCAGCAAUGAGAAAAUAGGUAAUUAUCACGUUAAAAGUGAACAACGCCAUCUAUCGUGUGUUUGAGGAACGUCGAUUGGAAAGACCCUCAUUAGAAUUUUAUAAUUUAUCUUUGACAUAGAAACUACAGUGUCGUCUGCAACUUUGGUCUUAUAGACAAAUCCGUGCCGCGGCCGGGGUCUUUCGGUCAAGUUUAUAUGCAACAAUUAUAUUUUUAUAUGCUUCUGCCGUUACUUUGUAUUUUGGAAUAAUUAUGAACCCGAGAAAUGAGAAAAUAAGUAAUUAUCACGUUAAAGCUGCACAACGCCUUCUAUACUGUUUUUGGUGAACUUAGAAUGGAAAGUCCGCCAUUUCCUAAUAAAUGUCAAACGAGACGUAUUGAUACUUAUGUUAAUAAAAUAAGAAAUGGGAACUACAAAAGACAAGGCAUCCUACUUAAUACGAAAUGAGAAUUGUUCCUAACUUAAUAAAAUGUAAUAAUAUUAAAUUACAGUCUAAAUACAAACAAUAAUGUACAAAUUGUGUACUUACGAUCUGAUAAUUGUAGGGUUAAUUAAUGGUGCUAAUUCCUGCAGACGUCAUUUUAUUUUAUUUUAAGUUAUACCUGUCAUUUUCUUAUCCGCUGAAAAAGAAAGAGAUGAGUAAUCUACACGCAUAAAAUUUAUGGAACAUACGUCAAUUUUAAGCAGAAAUCUAAAACAACCGUCUAAAUAUUUUACAUCGGCCAAUACCCCGACAGAAUUAAGUUGACAGCACACGUCAAACAAUUUGCAUACUAGUGAGAUACUUUUUGAUUCGCCCGGGUUAUUCAUUCAUUUACUCAUUCUUCCUAAAAUUUACGAGUGCAAAUCAUCCGUCUCUUUCCUUUUCGUCGAAUAAGAAAAUGACAGAUAUAACUUAAAAUGAAAUUAGAUGGGUCUACAUUAAUUAGCACAAAUAUAUAAGUUAAUUUUAAAGAUCAGUCUUUCUAUAAAUCGCCUAUAUUAUGUACUUUUAUUAAAUUGUGAUAAUUGUUACAAUUACAUAAAAAUAUUUAUCAAAGUAAGUACUAUAAGUACGGAAAGAAUGCACUUUAAAUUUAAUUAUGUAAUAAUUAUGUGGAUAUUAUUUUGAAAUAAUAAAUUAAUUCUUAUCAGAUACAAUAUUUCAAUGAAUGAAUUGUAUACUUAAUUAGUUUUUACCAGUGUACAUGAUUUUUCGUACAUACACACUCCUUAUCACUGAAAUACAAAGUAUACAAACAGACAUACAAACAAAUAGCUGGACAAUGGGAAAGAAGUACAUUUCUCCCUUUUUCUGGUCUUUUUUCUUAUUAUCUACUCUGUUUUUAGGGUCCCGUAUCAAAAUUGUAAAAAAGAAACCCACACAGAUUUAGUCUGUCUGUCACUAUUAAUUGAUACAAAGGAUAGCAUAGCGGGAUAUAUUGGAAUAUUCCAAUUUUAAAAAAAUAUAUAUAUUCGAAUUUGUUCGCACACGUGCACACAGAAAUGCUCAGCGUUGUUUGGUACAGGUACAGUCAUGAGCAAUAUAAUGUACCCAAUUUAGGACUCUGUCGCACUAACAUAUUUGACAUUUAGUGAGACUUACAGUUCAAUUUGUCAAAAAAGUUAAUGUGACAUGGUACCAAAGUGUAUACAUGUUAAUGCUCGUGACCGUACCUACUUCAUCUAUGUGCAUUGCCCUUUAUCUACAAAGUGUAUGUAUGAAAAAGUGACUUUAAUGCAAGGUUCAAUCGAAGGACAUCGUUGUAAACGUCUCGGAAUAUGAAGACUUCUUAAUUAUACAGCGUGUUAGUUACACCGCACUAAAUACUGAAGAGAUUCAGCUCACGAUUCUGAGUUAAUAUCAAAUAGAAUUUUUGUCGCAAAGGUAUAUGACCCGGAAAAUAUAUUUUUUAUUAAUUUUCUGACAAGAAAUUCCAUUUGAUAUUACCUCAGAAUCACGGUCUGAAACAUCCCUCACAGUUACCUACAAGGUGUCGCUAACAUACGUUCGUACUUGUACGGGCUGUAAGUGACAUCGUAACAAAUUCUGAGAGGGAUGAUUCGGGUCAUGAUUCUGAGUUAAUAUCAAGUGGAAUUUUCCAUCGCAAAAGUAUGGAAAUGGAAAUAAUUUUAAAAAGGACAAAAAGAAACAUGAAUUUUGCGACGGAAAAUUGCACUUGAUAUCAACUCAGAAUAGUGGUCUGAAUCAUCCCCCUCAGUAUUAGUUACAGUGUCACUAACACCCCGUGUGUGAUAGCAUACUGCUAUUUAGGGGGCAAAAAUGCCCUCGACCCAGAAUGUGAUAUUUUGACGAAUUACUGUGUUAGCCUAGUGUCUAUGACGACAUUAAAGUAUUUUAUUUAUAAGAAGAA